AUGGAUCUUAUCCCGUUGGAGGAUAUGUUCGUCAUAUCUUUAACCGUUCUCACAAAAGGUUUGAUAAUAUUUGGCGGUUCACUAGCAUACGUAUUCCAGUACAAAAAAAUUUAUGAACGACAAGAUGCUAGUGGAUUUUCGUUAUUUGUGUGCUUGACAUUGCUUAUAGCAAAUAUACUUCGAAUUAUGUUUUGGUUUGGUAAGCGAUUUGAAUUGGCUCUUGUUGCUCAAAGCAUAGUAAUGUUGAUAUCAAUGAUAUUGAUGUUGGAAAUAUCGGUGCGAACAAAUCGAAAAUAUGUAUAUAAAACGCAACGUGCCUCUUAUAUCAUAUAUGUGGAAGUUCUUGGCCUAUUUGCUCUACUUUCCGAAGCAUGUCUAGGUUUCCCUCAACUGAAACAGAAUUGCUCAAGACGUUCUACAUCGGGAAUGAGUGUUGGCAUGGUACUUGUGUGGAUGGUUGGAGAUUGUGGUAAAAUAGCUUAUUUUAUCUAUGAAAAUAGCCCAGCUCAAUUUUGGUUAUGUGGAAUAAUACAAAUUACAAUAGAUUUAUUAAUAAUGUUGCAAGUCUAUUGUUUUGGCAAAAGUGGAGCAAGAAGUCGGGUACAGUUGCCACAGACCGACGAUUAA